AGCCAAUUUCUAAAAAGUAUUGCUCCUCACUUCUUUACAGCUCAUGCAAAGGUGAUCCAGGAGCUAAAUUUUUUCAUUUCUGAGCUUUAAACCUUCUUUUCUACUAAUUUGUGUAAACUGUGAUAGUUGGGAACGUGUUUCAGAGUUUUAAUUAAUAAUUUCGCAGCAAAUAAACUGCUAAAAGGAAUUUCCAAAAGCCAUCGGAAUACUGUGUCAGGAUUUUCAAUGGCUAAAUUAAAUUCACAUGGAGCGACGGGACUUCGAAACAUCAACCUGGAAGAGAUCUGGGCCGACCUGGAAGGUGGCAUAAAACAGGUCUACAAACAGGAGCAGGGUCUCCGUUCGGCCCGUUACAUGCAGCUUUACACACACGUCUACAAUUACUGUACGAGUGUUCAUCAACCGGCCAAGGGACAAAUGCACUGGAGAGCUUCGAAAAAGGAAACGGCCGUACCUUCAGGAGGAGCUCAACUUGUCGGGCAAGAAUUGUACAAGCGGUUGAAGGAGUUUCUCGAGUACUACCUGAUUGCCCUUCAGGAGAAUGGAAUCGAUUUGAUGGACGAAGAAGUACUGUGCUUCUACACGAAAAGAUGGGAAGAAUAUCAGUUCUCGAGCAAGGUACUGAACGGUGUCUGUGCAUACUUGAACCGACAUUGGGUGAAACGUGAGUGUGAGGAAGGGCGAAAGGAUGUUUACGAAAUCUACCAGCUCGCGUUGGUAACGUGGCGUGGGAAUUUGUUCAAACAUCUGAACAAACAGGUCACCAACGCGGUGCUCAAACUGAUCGAACGAGAACGCAACGGCGAAACUAUCAAUUCCCGUCUCGUGUCCGGUGUGAUAAACUGCUAUGUCGAGCUGGGCCUAAAUGAGGAAGAUCCCAACGCCAAGGGUCAGAAUCUUUCCGUGUACAAGGAAAGUUUUGAAAAUAUUUUCUUGGAGGACACUGAAAUGUUUUACACUAGAGAAAGUGCAGAGUUCUUAAGGGAGAAUCCCGUCACCGAAUACAUGAAACGCGUAGAACUGCGCUUGAAUGAAGAACAGAAACGUGUUCAGGUUUAUUUGCAUGAGAGCACUCAGGAAAGGCUAGCUAAAACGUGCGAGCGUGUACUGAUUCAAAAACAUCUGGAACAGUUCCGAACGGAAUUUCAAAACCUACUAGAUUCGGACAAAAAUUCAGAUCUGCGACGUAUGUAUUCGUUGGUGGCACGUAUCGUCGAAGGACUGGUAGAACUAAAAGCGAUAUUGGAAAUGCACAUCCAUAAUCAAGGAUUAGCAGCGAUUGCCAAGUGUGGUGAAGCUGCACUGAAUGAUCCUAAAAUAUACGUCCAAACCAUUUUGGAAGUUCACAAGAAGUACAACGCCCUAGUACUUACGGCAUUCAACAAUGAUAGCGGUUUCGUCGCUGCACUGGACAAGGCUUGCGGCAAGUUUAUCAAUACGAAUGCAGUUACGGAAGCGAGCAAAAGUGCCAGUAAAAGCCCUGAAUUGUUGGCCAAAUACUGUGAUCUAUUGCUGAAAAAAUCCAGCAAGAAUCCAGAGGAAGCUGAGCUAGAGGACACACUUAACCAAGUGAUGGUUGUAUUCAAGUACAUAGAAGACAAAGAUGUAUUCCAGAAGUUUUACAGCAAAAUGUUGGCUAAGCGUCUCUGUCAUCACAUGUCCGCUAGUGAUGACGCAGAGGCGUCGAUGAUUUCCAAAUUGAAGCAAGCAUGUGGUUUCGAAUACACCAGCAAGUUGCAGCGGAUGUUCCAGGAUAUCGGAGUUUCAAAAGAUCUCAACGAACAGUAUCGACAGCAUGUUAAAGGCUUGCGAGAAGCAUCCAAGUCGUCGGGCAAUGAUAUUGACUUCAGCAUUCUGGUAUUGUCCAGCGGCUCGUGGCCGUUCAAUCAGAGCUUCACAUUCUCUCUGCCGUUUGAGCUGGAGCAGUCCGUCCACCGGUUCAAUAAUUUCUAUGCUAAGCAACAUUCCGGACGAAAGCUCAACUGGCUGUAUAACAUGUGUCGUGGAGAGCUCAUAACAAACUGCUUCCGAUUAAGGUACACUUUACAGGCCAGCACGUUCCAAAUGGCCGUUCUGUUACAGUUCAACGAACAGACAACGUGGACGAUUCAGCAGCUCGGUGAAAAUACAAGUAUCAACCAAGAGAGUCUUAUCCAAGUACUUCAGAUUCUCCUGAAAAUGAAACUGCUCACAUGCUACGACGACGAAGCUAAUCUUACACCUGCAUCCAGUGUCGAACUCAAUACAGGAUUCAAAAACAAGAAGCUUCGGAUAAACAUCAACUUCCCGUUGAAAACAGAACUGAAGGUCGAACAGGAGGCGACCCACAAACACAUCGAGGAGGACAGAAAAAUACUGAUACAGGCAGCGAUCGUGCGUAUCAUGAAGAUGCGCAAAGUUCUGAACCACACUCAUCUGGUCGGCGAAGUGCUGAACCAACUCUCGACGAGAUUUAAGCCCAAGGUUCAAGUGAUUAAGAAAUGUAUUGACAUUCUGAUAGAGAAGGAAUAUCUCGAGCGCCAGGAAGGACAGAAGGACACCUACAGCUAUCUAGCUUGAUCAGUAAUAGGCUUAAUGUUCGUAGCUAUUUAAACAAUUUCUUGGAUAUCAGAACAGAAUGUAGAAAUGAAAAAAAAGUUUUAAAUAGAUGCCAGACAAGCAAAAUGUGUAAUGUUCGUAAUAUCUGCGGAUUCGAUCUAAUUUGAAAUUUUACCGAUCCACUGCCCCAUCAUUUUGGAAAAUUCGUGAAAAUGUAAUCUAUUUUGUUUUGUGUUCUGUUGUUGCUAUUUUAGUUAUGAUGUUUUAGGCGUUUAAAAUUAAAGACGGAUAAACUCUUCUCACCACAAAAUUUGGUUGUUUCUGUUAAUUUGUCUUUACAAUUGAUGGUUCCCAUAAUAGCUGAAGCACGACUCUGAAUGUUUAGAGAUAAAAUCUAAAGUGUAUUAGGAUCGUGUUUUUAUUACUUGCUCUCAAAGGAUAAGUUGACGAAGUCUGUGCCUUCUGUCCCGUUAGAUUUUUUUGAAAAUCCUUACCAGAUGAGACUUGUAGGAUACAAUUUUUCAACUAGUGAGAAUCCACAACUCUGUUGUACAAUAGAUAGCUUAUCAUUCAUUCUGCAUAUAGCAACCGAAUAUUGGAACAGUUCAAACAAAAAGUAAAUCACAUGAAUUGAAUUUGGUUGUUAAAAAAGAAAAUACUCCACACUCAGUCCAGCCAACAAAAAAAAGAUGCAGACUAUGAAAAAAUGUUUAAAAUAUAUAGUAUUUCAUUAUGUGCAA